ACAGUAUGUGAAUAAUGUUGGAAUUGGUUGGAAGCUUGAAGUGGCACCUACAUUUUGUAAUCUUAAGUUUGUUAGGCAAACCAGCAGAACGCCUAGUCGCUUCUAGGACUAUGCAACGACUAGGCGCGUUUUUUGCCGAUCACGAAGCCCAACUAUGACGUCAUAGUUGUCGAACUCUGCCGUUCCAGACGAGACCACAGACGAAACGCCGAAGUGACAACUUUUCGUCAACAGGGACAAAUUUGACAUGUGAAAAAAAAUUGCCUCAAGACUAUAAUGGAAUUUGAUUCCCAAAGUCAAUAUUCAGAUGAAGGAGUUGAAUUAUCAGUAUCAGAAAAUGGGGAAGUAUACCCAACAGACUAUCCCUUCUUGGAAGACACUCAACCAUCAUUUUUGGAAGCCAGAAGUGUGUACCUGUUGAUGCAAAAAAAUGUACCAGUAUCCAGAGCAUGUCGUUUGCAGUGGCUUCUUGACCAUUUGAACACAAUAGUCACCCCUAGUCAAAAAUUGACUGAGUCAUCCAGCAACCUUGAAGUUAUAUCAGCAAUACCAAGAGAACAAAAUUCACUAAUGAAAUGCAAUAGGUUCCUUAUUACAUAUAGAACUGAACUGAAAUUUGUGGCUCAAAGAUAUCGUUUUGUAUUUUGCCUUGAUAUGAGCCCCUCUCAUGCUAAUGUUGACACACAUAAGGGUGAGAUACUUUUUGAUGAAAUACUAGAUUGUUUCAAAGCUAGUAUUGAAGGGCUGUGCAAAGAGUUCAGUAUACCUGGAAAUUCGGCAGUAUUCCAACCAAAUAUAUAUUUGACGGUUAUAGUAAAUACACCUUUUUUCUUGAGCCCAGCUCAGCAAGUUCUUGUGAAAGGUGUGCGCAUUUCACCAGAUAAUCUGAAGGAAAUUGUCAGCUAUGUUGAGAAGCAGUUUCAUUUGUUGGAGGAGAAAAUAGCUGAUGUAUCUGCUGCUGCUCUGGAUCAGCUAGAUUUUCAACGAGCUCAGAAUGAGGGCUUGGUUGGUGAUCUAUUUGAUUUGCCAGAAUCAGGAAAAAUGUAUUCCAGAAUACCAAUGGUAACGCCGGAUGUAAACUUUGUGAAUAUGUUACGUUAUUCUAUGUUAGCAAUAUCUCUUCUUCCAGAAAUAAGUUUAAGCCAUAUUCUAGUCAUAACUGAUGGAGUGGUUGCAAUGCCAGAUUCAAAUAUAAUGGAAUCCUUAUUGUUUCAGUUACAUUAUGACAGUAUAUCAAUUUCUUUUUUGAAAGUCGGUGCUCCUUUUCAUCCACACUCUGGUUCAGGAUUUGUAACCUAUAUGGAUUUAUUGUACUUUUUUGCUCAUUCAACUCUAGGAACUUGCAUGGAGAAUUUUGUUUUUGUUAAAAAUGACUCUGCCUGGCAGAUGAAUAUUUACCAAGAGCACUUUUUAAUAUGGUCUUUCCAUAGUGCUGAUAGGUAUAAUGCAUCAAGAAUAUGUGAUAAUAAAUGGACUAUGUCGAAUGAUACAUUUUAUAGUCAUAAUGUGCCAUCUUUGCUUUCCAAAAGGCAGACUGACGAAAACACAAGUGCUUCCAUUUUACUUCUUUUAUCAAGAAGAAUGAGAGAAGGAUUUACAAUUGAUAAUGUUUUUUACAUGAAUGGCAACCUUGAAGUUAAACUAAUUUUACAGUGGAAAUCAUCUAUAUUUAUUCACUACAAAGUGAAAUCCCAGUGGCCUGUAUCAAAGAAUUUAACUCACUUUGAAGUCUACAUAUCAGCUCCAUACGAAUUUCUUCAUGACAUAACCUGCAUCAUUAAAAAGGAAUCAAAAUCGUUAUAUAGACAAGCCAUCAUUGAGAGAUUCUGGAUGAGGCUGUCUCAGUUGUCUUCUGGAGAUCUAGGACUAGCUCAGCAACUCAGUUCAUUUCAAAUCAGCAAAGAUUGGUAUACCCUUCCUGAAAGUGUAAGGAAUGGUAUCCCAGUGUAUGUUUUGAAUAACUCCAGUUGCUCAGAUGCCACCAGAUUAAUUUUAACUCCAAGUGAUGUAUCUUGUCUAAAAUUCCUCAAUAUCUGGCAGCCAAUAUGCCAGAUGGAAACCAAUAACUGGAGAAAAUGGUUUCACACUCACAAAAUAUCUCUUAUUCUUCAACAUGACAAUCCAUUGCCAAAGUACUUACACUUAGCCAAAUCUUCUCAACGAUUCCAGGUCAUCCAAUGUAGGCAAGCAGCUACAGCUUUAUAUGGUUUACUAGCAGAGUGGGCUACAUUCAUUCUGAUUGAUAACCACACUUACUUGAAAUUUUUGUACAAAGAAAGUGACAAACCACCUUCCUGGUUUUGCAUAAUCAGAAUAUCCUCAAAAUUUCCUUGUGCUGUUAUAAACAUGGGAUUUUCUAAUGGCACUCCGGGAGUAACAAGGCACGAGGUCUGUGAAGAAUUGAAAAUUGCUAUAUCAGCUUUGUCCUAUCUCUCCAGUCCUUUUAAAGUUAAGGAAAACUAUUGCUGUGUUUUGCUACAGAAACCGUUAGAAAAAAUUCUUAUCAGAUACGAACGAAUUCCAAGUAACUACACUACUGUGAUAUUUCCGGAUGGUACUCAACCACCCCACUCACCCAUACCUUUGCCCUCUCCAGCUACUGGAACUCUGUUCACAACCCUCUCACGAUAUCUGUUCCACAAAAGGUGGAUAUGGAGCGCUAGCCUCCCAUCAAACCCCAGACUACCUGAUCAGUCUAUUUCUAGGAUACUCAAAACAUUGACAAGGAUGAGGAUAAAAGAAGGUUUCACCUUCGCCCAUUCGGCUUCAGGCAUCAUAACCAUGGUCCUGGAGCUUUGGAUGGAACCUACCGCAACCUGCGUAGUCCAAUAUGUACUGUUUCCCCCUCACUACGCAUAUCUUGGGGAUGAAGUUUAUAGUGGAUCUGAAGAAGACAAUGAACAGUCUUCGGACACAGAAACGGAAUUGCAAAUGGUGACUGAGGUGUGGAUAGAACCGCAGUUCGGUAGGGUGUUACCCACUAAUCCUAGAAUUGGGUUCACUGAUAACAAACAUUACUAUGAAAUAGCUGAUGUGAUAUGUCAAGUAGACUUGCAAUGUAUAAGUGCAUUAUUAACAAUGGAACAUUUGAGUUUGAUGUGCCAAGAGAGAGAAAUAGAAGACUUGUCUCUCAACCAUAUGGGCAUCACUUCACUGAAUACUAGUCGAAAGAGUUUUUCAAGACGUAGUAGCAAAAAUAGUUACUUGGACUCUCCUGCUGUACCUGAAAAAGGAACCCACUGGUAUCCUAUAAUUUCUCCUAGGAUAGAACACAUUCCAUUCAAAUUUGAUCCGAUCAGCAUUCUACCUUUGAGCCAACAAACAGAACUUCUGUUUUCUAUGUUCAUCGAAGGUAGAGAGAAGAGAUUUAUGAACGAUAAUAGUGCUGACAAAGCUAACAGACUGCUUCUAGAAAACAUACUAGAACAUUUGGGGCUACUUCAUGACCGAGAAUUAGAACUUACCAAAGACGAUUCCGACAGAUUUACGCAAGAAAUUUUACUUAGACAUAAGAAUAAACACCCACAAAUCUGUCCCAUCUCAGAAAAUGUCUCUUAUAGAGGCAGUGCCCAGGAGAGCGAAGAAAAGACUGACCCCCAAUGGAGGUGCUUCAUCAAAGGCGUGUCGAUGACGCACGUGAUUCUAACCUUCGUCGCCUCGACCCUAGAUGACCUAAAGGCGCUCACGAACAGCGACCACACGAACAUUCCCAGCGUCACCGAGAGCCUCGACGGGACCGAGAGGGCCUCUUCCAGGGGCAGCUGCUUCAGCGACGCGCUCGCUAACGACUCGCUCUGCCUGCCCAUCUACGUGUUCGACUGCCCGCUGGGCAGGCUGGUCAACGUGUACGUCGACAGCUACGAGGAGUCCUCGCCCUCGGACGAAGAUGUCUACGAGGAUCACAGGUUCAAGUCGAGCGGGGAUGUUCAGGAGGACUGUAUCAAGUUGAAGGGUGAAGAUCGUCCAGAGGAAUCCGAAGCGAAAGGAGACAUCGAUUCAGAGCAGAGCAAUGUGAAGCUCCAUUGCAAAACUCUGGUGAUCACUCAUUCGAAAUGCUACACGAUAUCCCUGUUCCUAGCUCUGCACAUGGGCGUUUACGUCCACAGCUAUGACGUUCAAUCAGCCAUGGACCUAUGCGAAGAGUCUAUCACGGAGAUAGACAUCACUGAGUACAUGAAAACUAUCUGCGGACAUGUCAAGCAAUCGGGCAAUGAGAGAAUGCCUAUGAGAGAACUGCACCAGGCCACUCCUUGCUCGGAAAUAAAGUCUCUGCACAUGCUCAUCAAAGACAAGUUCUUCAAGAUGAUAAGCAACAUCUUUAACCCCAUACCGACUCACAGCGAGUUCUAUUUUUAUAAGAAUCUGAAGAGCAACGAAACCGUGGAAGAAACAGUGCCUGAUAGUGACGAUGAGGUUUCGGAGAAUCCUUCCGAGGUUGUCGAGUUCCGAUCGGAAGAAGUCAGUGUUAUUUCUGAAGGUCCACCUUUGCUACAGAGGAUUGAGAGUGGUGUUAGUGGAAUCAGCGAGUUUCUUAGCAACAGUGAACUCAGCCCGCUGUUUUUGCAUCUCAUCUGCACUCUGAGGUACAAUGGAGGGGAAUGUUCCAACACGUCUAUAAGGGUGCUGCCAACUUGCCUAGGUGAAUUGAUACAAAAUUUGGAGAAACCUACUGACUUCAUUGAAAAGUCAAACUUACAAGUUACUCUCGAUAUGUUGUGUCUUACCUUACCACCAGAUGUGCAGAAUAUCAUCAUUGACUAUUCCAACAGGGGCCUUAGAACUACUUCAUUUUGCUCUGAUGGAUUUCAACCCAGCAUUGCUAGUUCUGUUUCAGAUGGCAGUUUCAUUUCCCAAGUGUCUGAGCCGCUGAAGUAUCUCUCAGACGGCCAAAAAAAAUCCAUCAUAUCGCUAAGCAACGAAAUAAAAUGGCUUCUGAGAGACGAAAUAUGCACUGCCUUAUUGGACGUGGACCCCGUCACAUCAGACACCCUCAACUACGUCAUGAACCACGUUGCCGAGGGCAGCAAAGUGAGGACGUCUUGUGUCUUGGACGUCAUCAACUUGAACUUCGUGUUUGCGACUCCUCAGAGUCACGAGAAGUUCGUGCAAGAAUUUUCUAACCUCAAACUGCCUUAUAGCGGGUACAAGCUGUGCAAGAAAAACGAGUUGUAUUAUUUGACAAAAGAUCCGUCUGAUGCGAACUUGAAGGACAAAGAGAAUUUCAUACGGGCUUUGCUCGAUCAGAAUAUCGUCGACGAUUCUCGCAUAGGAAAUUUGGCGAGAAGGUUCCAAACUGAUGAUUUUGAAUCCAAUCAGAAUGAGCAGGGUGUUUUUUCUGAAUAUGUCGCUGGCAACGAAGAACAUAUCUCUAGAGAUCAAAGGUCUCAGCAGAGUGAAAUUUCUAGUAUCAAUGGCAGUGUUCCUGGUACUGAUGGAGGUUACGAUGAAGAUGUGAGUGAGGAUUAUGAUGAUUAUGAGUGGCUUAUUGCUUUCAACAAUAAGAGAAUGAAUUUACCAAAUUUUUGGCUCAUAAUGAAGGUCUCUCAAGAUGUAGUGGAUAUUUAUUUCCAUUGUCGUUUUUUGGAGCUACCAACGAUUCAAGUAGGUGUUUAUUUGGAGGUACAGAGAGCUGUUUGCGAAGCAGUCAGAGAUCUCUGCAAAAAAGUCAACCAACUACUUCUACUCCAAACUCUUUAUGAAACGAAAACCUGUGGUUCACUUCUCGAACUUGAUGACAGCAGUGAUUUCAGUAACUCUCCUAUAUCCAGAAACCCAUCUUACAGCAGAUUGAAGAGCAUGGAAGUUCCUGAAACUAGCGAAGAGAUUGACAUAAUGUCAUAUUCAGCUUCCCUGUCGGAAUCGUCGAUGAAUUUCAAAGUGGGAGAAUUCAGUUGCCCUGUUGUAUGGGAAACGCAUUUCGUUUUGCAUCCGCGAUUGAAAACCGGCCCUGGCAAAUCCGGUAUAUCCAGGGGAAUCCUCGCUCUGAAAAACAUCUUGGACAAGUUCUCUGUGUCGAACAGGAACAAUAUGUUCGUGUACAGGGAUAACCAGCUGAAUGUGUUCUACCUCAGGUUACAUGAGAAUAUCCAUUAUUCUGUGAACAAUAAAUCGACAUUGGUACGAGCUGCUGAAUUUGAAGGGACCACUGUUUCUCGAAGUCCAUCUGUAGCAUCGCUACCUUUUUGCCAGAACAAGUCAGCCCUGACUCAAUCGGAACAAAGCAUUACUUCAGUCACUUCGGGCGAUAUUAGACCGAGAGUGAGAUCCUUUGGAGAGCGGGAAACUAAAGAGUACCCAACAGAAGACACUCUAGUUUUGAAAGUCCAUGGUAUAACAGAGGCAGGGUCGGAUGUUCAGCAGGACUUGGUGCAAGUCUUGCAAAACCGAUUGGACGACGCCGUUCUCGAAUUCCUUUCGAUAACCCUCGCAAGGAACGCCAUGUGUCCUUUGACCCCAGAGGACGUACAUUUCAUUCAGAGGCCCUUCAGACCACCAGAGGUGAUUAUAAGGUUGACUAUCCAAGAAUUCGCUUUGCAGUGGCUAGAAUCUUUUAUUCAUUACCUGAAACAAAAUUUGCUACAAUUCAUGAACGUUCCGAAAUAUACAGAUACGCGACCUCACUAUCAGUUCAAGGAUUACGAAGAGAACAAAGAAGUGAAUCAGAUCGUAUGCGACGAUAAUAUAUUCCUCUACAAUCAAAGUCAAAAUCCUUCUUCCGGUAAUCGUGGGAUAGCUUGCAUAGCUUUGGCUUUCAUCAAUUAUUCUGAACAAGUAGUGCCCAUGCCCAAUGAGCCCUUCCUCUUCUCUAAUAUCUUUGAAACAGGCCAGUUCGGUUAUACUGUGAGUUCAGAAAUAUUGGAUAACGAGGGUCCAUUGCCUCCUUCUUAUCUCGAAUUCAGAUUGUGGAAGCAGGGUCGGGUAAACGUGGAAAAUUUGUCGCAAAAACUCAAGGCUGCGGUGUCCCAAGCCACCUGGGACAUAAUUAUGGAGUACUACUUGUUGAAAAAAUCUGUGUGCGUGCCUACACCGACUUGGAACGAAUAUGGCAAAUGUGAACCUGUCAAACUGGACACUUUGAACAUCGAUUUCGAUAAAGAAGUCGUGUUUAACUGUGUCCUGGACAUGAACACAGCGAAGAAUAUCAAAGACACUAUUAUGCAUACUGAAAGACCGAUUGUCAAACAUGUUCGGCCGAGGAAAAAACGUAACAGGCAUACCAUACUACCAACACUGAAAGCCACAAGGUCCAUAACCUUUGAUGACGAAGAAAAAGAGAAAGAGUCGAACAAAGAUAGAGCAUCCUCAAAUAAACCUACGGUGAAGCUCGAUUCGUUCGAAAAAGGAGACGACGGAGUACUAUCUGUAAUCUACUCCAAGUAUCUACCUAACUGGCUGGAAUUCGGGUACAACCUCAAUACGCCUUCUGUCAAACGACACAAAAUAAACUUAGCCAACCGGCAUUCACCGGACAUCAUUAUAAAAGAACUGAUGAAUAUCCUUCAAGAUUCACCGAAAUCCUUCAAAUGUAUUCCUACGAACUCCAUUGAGGCUCUAAGCGAAAAUAUGUACGCACCAAACGUGACCUCUUAUUUGAUUCCGAAAUACGUUGUGAUAUCGAGAAACUUGGAGCAUUGGUCUGCCACUAUUGCCAUUGAUGAUGCCUCGGAUAUACCCGAUUGCAUCAGCCCUCAUUCUCUGAAGCAUUCUCAGAAGUUUGUGCCUGCCACCUGCAACAAUGUGUUCAUUCCUAGACAGAAAAUUUUGUGGAUAUCAGUCGAAAAUGACAAUAUCAUUAUUUACACAUAUAAUUGGACGAACGAAAAUAUCGAUAAGCUAACCACUAGUUGUGCUAAUUUGGGAUUGUGGCUUUGUGUGAGAUCUUGUUUUCUGAACUCUGUGAUCUCCCAAAAAUUAGGAUUGUUCCACAAUCAACCUCUCACAAGGAAAAUUUUCAUGAUACCAACCAAUCCGUACGCGAGCCUGAUAGGCCUCCGCGAGGCGAUGCUCGCCUUUCCGAAGGACCACUCGCACAAGCGCAUCCAGCCCACCUACAACUUGCCCGCCACCCUGGAAGCCUUCCGGGACAAUUUCCGGAUCUGCGAGCAUCCUGCCGCGGAUCCGGUGGUCACCUUCACGAUCGAGAUGCGCGAGAUGAAGAACACGGAGAAGCGGAACCGCGACGAGAUGAAGACGCUGCACUCGAUGUACCAAUCGAGGACCAGCACGGUCACCGUGCCGCAGAUAUUCCUGCUCAUGCAAAAUUCGCGGGCGCUGCACUUCUGCCACACGCCGCUGCUGUUCUUGCCGAGAUGGAGGCUCAAAUCAGCCUCCACCAGGGACCAUUCGUUGUAUCCGUCACAAGCCAUCCAGUUGGCUGACAGGAUGGCUUCGGAGGAGAAGGAAAAGUGGCAUUCGGAAUUGUGUUAUGGGUUCUUUUCCGAGUACAGGCACUAUAUGCAGACGUUGGGUUUCAUGCCCUUGCAGAUUGAUAAUCCUCUUACUGGAAAUGCUGGUUUGUGGACCAAAGACAAGUCAUCUUAUAACAAUGUAUUUUAUAUACAAAAAACCAUCUUGGGAGGCAUUCUGAUUUUCACUGUUGAAUUUUGUGAGCCAUUCUUUAUGAUCAAACUUCUCGCGAUUGAGUGCAAUAGGCUCCAAAAUAUAAGUUCCAGAGCUUCUAUAAACAGGUUUACUCUAAGUUUCUUGGAUGAGUGUGACAGGGUGAAAACAUUGAUGCAUCUCCACUCAUUCACGUAUGACUACCAUCUCCGUUGCAUCUACAACUACGUAUCUGGCAGUUCCAGUGUCAAUAGAGUUUGUGAAAGAUAUAACGUCCAUCAGUUUUUGGAUGAUUUUCUGAAAUACUACAACAAAGCUCCUAAUUUUGCUAGAAAUUUGGUCCACACAGAUACAUUAACGAUCAAAAAUUUGGUGACUGAAGGCAAACAACUGUACGAUUAUUUGUUGUCAAAUGUCAGCCAGUAUGAUUUCAAAGUGUUUGAAAUGGAUGGUCAUGAUACCGAAUCUGAAUUCAUUUUGGUUCAGGUCACUAGUACUCCACAGGUUUCUUACAAAGAUUCUCAAGACAGGCAUCACACUGAUGAUUUUGAUAUCACCUUGGUUGUCAAUAAUCUUUGUACACCUUAUAGCCCCAAGGACAAUGUGUUGCAUCUGAGAUAUUAUCUGAUUUUAACUUCCAAAAGGGAGAUCUAUCCAAAAUUCGAGGUGGACGAGAAGCUCGGCAAGUUCCGCACCGUCUCGUCAACAGCAAGGAGCCUCUCUGCUCUCGAAAGGGAGCCCAACGACCUCGAAACUAGUAUGGAGGAGAGCGACCGUGUCCACAACGAUCCGGAUAUCGCCAGCUCGGCAGAGCACAGCGACGUUUCCAACAGGGACAGCGACGAUGUCCUGAACAAGCCGGCAUCUUUGGCCAGCGUGCCUUCGAGUUUGCUGCCCUAUGUGGAGAUAAACCAGGAGUCUGUUAACUAUCUGGGAUACUAUUCCUCACACGAGCAGCUGAUGCAGCAGUUGAUUUUGGAUAAGGCAAAUACGACGCAGAAACACAUCAAGGACAUGGUGGAUAAAGGAAUGGUUCACUGUAGGACUCAUUUGCUCUGGAACAGACUGAUUACCCCCCAUGAAUCUAGCAGUUUAACCUACGAAGAAUUUCUGGAACUGAAAAAUUUGGCAAGGCUGGAACACGUCUGUCAUUUGCAUCCCAAUUUGAGAUCCCUGUUGAAUCAGCCGCUGAAUUGGUAUCAGGGAUUAGCCAAAUUGUUGUUGGUGAGAUACGUCGACCAUAAUCGAAGCUUCAUUUCACCUGAUGGGAAUAUUCAACAUCAUGUUAUUCUGCAUCACGAGUACUUUGGAGCGUUCAUGCUUUUGUCAAUGGACUUGCACACAUCCAGAGGGGACUUGUAUGCCGUUUAUAGGGAACCUCAGAAGAAUGAAGAUGCUGAGCUAUGUCUCUCAUAUCAGAAAUCCCUUCUGAAUGGAUUCGUCAACUGUAUUUGUUUUUACCUAUGGUCUGGAAUUGUUGCCAAUUAAUUACAGUUAAUUUUCCCAUCUGCAGAAUACAAGUUACAGUUUUUGUUUUGAAUACUCAUAAUAAUUUGUUAUUUCCAUUUGUUGAUGUAGGUACCUACCUACCGAUUUUUGACAAGCUGAUAUUUUUAAAUAAGACGAAUUUUAUCAUUAGGUAUAUAAGUUUUUAAUACCUCUGACUCUCAUGAGACUAAAUAUGCGUUAUCUAUCUCUUGUAAUAGGGUUUGUUAUUUUGUUUUUACUUGUUAACUAUUUUAAAUCCUUGAAAAUGUUCGAUUUUAAAUUAAUCAUUAUUUUUGUUACAAGCUUCUGGGAAGAACAGCUCAGUAUACUGUGAUAUAUUUGUACAAAUUUAAAUUCCCUAGUGCCUGACAAUUUCGAUGUACUUCUUAAGUAUGCUGUUAGUUUAAGAGAAAAUAUUUUAAUAUGCAUAUCUUUUAAAAUGUGCCAUGUUUCAUGCCAAUAUAAUUUUUGAUGU